AUGGGCCCGAGGCGGCGGAAAUGGCGGCGGAGGGCGGCGAAGGCGGCGCUGGCGGCGCUGGCAAUGGCGCUGCUGUGGCUGCAGGGCAGCGGCGCGGGCGAGGAGCUGCUGGCGGCGGCCCUGGCCUGGGGGGAGGGGCGGGGGGCGUGGGGGGCGUGGGGGGAGGGGGCAGGGUGGGGGAUGGGCGUGGGGGGCGCGGGGGAGGCGGGGGAGGGGAGUUGGGGGGGCGAGUUUGUGAAUGGGGAGCGUGGGAACGGCGGCGGGCGGGGGGCGUGGCCAGAUCCCGGGGGUGGAAUUCGAUAUCCUGGGGUUGGAAUUGGGGGUCCCGGGGGUGGAAUUGGGGGUCCCGGGGUUGGAAUUGGGGGUCCCGGUGGUGAAAUUCGUGAUCCCGGGGUUGGAAUUGGAAGUCCCGGGGAUGGAAUUGGGGGUCCCGGUGGUGAAAUUCGGGAUCCCGGGGGUGGAGUUGGACAUCCCGGGGGUGGAAUUGGGGGUCCCGGAGGUGGAAUUGGGGGUCCCGGGGAUGGAAUUGGACAUCCCGGGGGUGGAAUUGGAAGUCCCGGGGUUGAAAUUGGGGGUCCCGGUGGUGAAAUUCGGGAUCCCAGGGUUGGAAUUCGAGAUCCCGGUGUUGAAAUUCGUGAUCCCGGGGUUGGAAUUGGAGAUCCCGGGGGCGGAAUUGGAGGUCCCGGUGUUGGAAUUGGGGGUCCCGGUGGUGGAAUUGGAAGUCCCGGGGUUGGAAUUGAGGGUCCCGGGGGUGGAGUUGGACAUCCCGGUGGUGAAAUUCGGGAUCCCGGGGGUGGAAUUGGGGGUCCCGGUGGUGAAAUUCGUGAUGCCGGUGAUGGAUUUGGGGGUCCCGGGGCUGAACCCGGUUCUCCCCACGGCCCCCCCGGUUGCACCGGGCUCCUCUCGGGGGGCUCCGGCAUCCUCCCCGCCGCUCCCUGGGGCUCCCCGCGGACCCCCAAAGUGCUGCUGGCCCCGGCCCCGUGCCCGUCCCCGGCCCCGUUCCUGCUGACGCUGGUGCCCAGCGCCCCCUCGCACCGGCAGCGCCGCCGCGCCGUGCGCGACACGUGGGGCGGCCCGUGGGGCUCCAACCGGGGCGGCACCGGCGCUCUGCCCGCCCGCACCGUGUUCGUGCUGGGCCGCCCGGAGGAUCCCCGCGGGCAGCGGGAGGUGCUGGCGGAGUGGCGGCGACACGGGGAUGUCCUUCAGGGCGAUUUCACCGACACCUACGGGAAUUUAACGCGCAAAACGGUUCUGCUGCUGCGCUGGGCCCGCGCCUGCUGCGGGGCGGUCCCGUUCAUCCUCAAGGCGGACGAUGAUGUUUUUAUCAACACCCCCGCGCUCUCCGCCUUCCUGGCGGCGUGGCCGCCGCCGGUGCCGCCGCUGUACGUGGGUCGGGUGCACUGGGCGGUGCGGCCGAACCGGGACCCGCGGAGCCGGCACCACGUCCCGGUGGGGCUGUUCGGGGCGCGGCGCUUCCCGCGGUACUGCAGCGGCACGGCGUACGUGCUGUCGGGGCGGGCGGCGGGCGCGGUGCUGGCGGCGGGGCGGCGGCUCCCGGUGGCGUUCCCGGAGGAUGUGUGGGUCGGGGCGGCGGCGGCGGCGGCGGGGGUGGCGGUGCGGCACUCGGCGCGGUUCGGCGGAGCGGCGGGGCCGCCGCCCGAGCGGUGCUGCCUGCGGGGGGCGCUGUUCAGCGCGCACCGCCUCGCACCGGAGGGGCUCCGCAGCCUCUGGGCCGAGCUGGGCUCCGGCUGCGCCGCCGCACCGGGACUGCUGCGCUGCCGCCUCGGGGGGGCGCUGCGGGGCUGGGGGUGGGGCUGGGGAGGGGGCGGGGAGGGCGUCCAGGAGGGGGAGUGACGUCAUGGAUGGGGGAGUGACGUCAUGAAGGGGGGACCCCCCCCCGGCACCCCCCUCUCCACUCCAGUCACGGGGACAGGGCCCCCACCCCCCCAUUCCCGGGGGGAUACAGAGGUCAUGGGGAGUGAUGUCAUCAUUGGGGGAGUGACGUCAUCAAUGAGGGGGAGUGACGUCAUGAAGGGGGGACCCCCACUCUGGCACCCCCCCUCCCCAUUCCGGUCACUUAUGGGGGGACAGGAUGCCACUCCCCCACCCAUACAGAGGUCAUGGGGAGUGACGUCAUCCAUGAGGGGAGUGACGUCAUGAAGGGGGAACACACACACACACACACACACACCCCCCCCGCAGUCACUUAUGGGGAAAGGAUGCUGCCCCUCCCCCCCACCCCGUGCCUGGGGGCAUAGAGAGGUCGUGGGGAGUGAUGUCAUGUGGAGUGACAUCAUCAGUGGGGUGAGUGACGUCAUGAAAGCGGGACCCCCCCACUUUGGCACCCCCCUCCCCAUUCCGGUCGCCUAUGGGGACAGGGCGCCCACCCCCACACCCACCCUGUGGCCGGGGGGAUACAGAGGUCGUGGGGAGUGACGUCAUCAGUGGGGGGAGUGACGUCAUGCAGUGGGACACACCCCCCCUCUGACCACCCCCCACCCCCAUCUCCAGUCACUUCUGGGAGGACAGGAUGCUGCCCCUCCCCACCCCGUGCCCGGGGGUUACAGAGGUCAUGGGGAGUGACGUCAUCGAUGAGGGGGAGUGAUGUCAUGGGUAGGGGAGUGACGUCAUGAAGGGGGGGCCUCUGACACCCCUCUCCCCAUUCCGGUCACUUAUGGGGACAGGGCCGCCCAUCCCCCACCCUCGUGCCUGGGGGAUAGAGAGGUCAUGGGGAGUGACGUCAUGGGGAGUGACGUCAUGGGGAGUGACAUCAUG